AUGAAACGUUUCCAUGAUUCAUUGAAUACCGGUGGACAGCCCUACCGAAAGCGUAGCCGGGAAGAAUUGAAACUAAAGUCAGGCAACCUCUUUUGUAUAAUGUAUGCGAGAGCCCGAGAAUAUUACGCUCGUUUGUAUGGCUGUCCUGUCGUUGAAGAGUCUGAUAGCAAUGAAGAAUCCUCAAGCUCUUCUUCUUCGUCAUACGAUAGCGUUCAAUCCUCUCAAUCAACAUUAACUGAUUAUGGAUUUCAACAAACUUUUGUGAAGAAAAUUAGACCACCUGAUUCACAUUAG